AUGCCUCCAAGAGAUCACAGAGUGCACCUGUCCUGGGGCCUUGAUGAAGACAUGAUCAUCUUUGAAGUACAGGUUCGGACAACUGGCUGGGUGGCAUUUGGAAUCACCCCUCAUGGACAGCUGCCUGGAUCUGACCUUGUGAUUGGUGGUGUCUUUCCCAACGGCAGCAUCUAUUUCUCUGACUGGCACGUUGUGGAUGAGAGAACCAUUAAGGAGGACGAGAGCCAAGACUACCAGCUGUUGUCGCUGACAGAGGAUGAAACUUUCACCACAAUGCGUUUCAAGCGCUACUGCUUCACAUGUGACCCAAAUGAUAGAGAUAUUACGAGGGACACAGAGCGUCUGGUAUCUGCCUUUGGAACAGACGACACAGUCGAGUUCUUCAAAGGCCAGAGGUCUAUCAAGUCGCUCUUCUUGAUGCGGUUCAUGAACCCUGAAAAUCUGCAUGAGCCCCAAAUCUUUUAUACCUACGACCUGAAGCUAACUGAUUUUCACGUCCCUGUUGAAGAAACCACCUAUGCCUGCACAUUUCUCCCACUGCCCAUGGUUAAGAAGAAACACCAUAUCUACAAGUUUGCACCCGUGAUAACACCUCAUAAUGUAACCCUGAUCCAUCACAUCCUGGUCUAUGCCUGUGGCAAUGCUAGCGUGUUACCCAGUGGUGUCAGCGACUGCUAUGGAGCUGAUCCAGAUUUUGCCCUGUGCUCUCAGGUGCUUGUGGGCUGGGCUGUUGGAGGAGGGGACUACACGUUCCCUGAUGACACUGGAAUCUCCAUAGGGACACCCCUGGAUCCUCAAUAUAUCCGGCUGGAAAUUCACUACAGCAAUUUUGACUUGCUGACAGGGUUAAUUGACAGCUCGGGGAUACGACUGUUCUUCACCCCUAAUCUACGGAAGUACGACAUGGGGGUUCUGCAAACAGGGGUGUUCACCUUCCCGGUCCACUUCAUCCCCCCUGGGUCGCCUGCCUACCAUUCCUAUGGGCUCUGCAAUAGCAGCCAGUUUGAGGAGAUGAAUGGGACACCAGUGCCAGACAUGCAUGUGUUUGGCUAUCUGCUGCACACCCACCUGACUGGGAGAGGAGUGAGAGUUGUCCAGUAUCGGAAUGGCAAGCAGCUGGGGUUCAUUUGUGCAGACAAUAAGUAUGACUUCAACUUGCAGGAAACACGGGAUCUGAAAGAAAUCCUCAUCGUCAAAGCAGGAGACGAGAUCCUGGUGGAAUGCACCUUUGAAACCUUGGACAGGACAGGGAUCACCUUUGGGGGACCCAGUACCUUGAAUGAGAUGUGCCUUGCGUUCCUUUUCUACUAUCCUCGUAGCAACAUCUCCAGCUGCAUGGGGUACCCAGACAUCCAGUACAUCGCCCAGGCCCUUGGUCAGCAGGCCUCUGAUGCCAUGGAAGGUAUGAUGGCCAUGAACUUCGUUGAAUGGGACAACGAGACCAUCAAGAACUCAGAGAAAGCAGCCAAGGAAGCAGAUCAGAUAGUUAUAAUUAAAACUAUUGAUACUGCUCCUUACUGA